AUGUGCAGGCCACAGUUGCUGACUAAGGUGGCCAGGGCAGAGGCAGUGGCUCAGCAGGAGCUGCUGGGCAACCAAGAAUGUUUAUUUCCCACUUUGCGUGACUUGUUCUGGUUGAAUGCUGCCGUUGCUACUAGUAUGCGCAAGCAGUGGCUUUGUUUUUGCAUUCGAGAUGGCCAAGGUCUGAAGCACAGGCCCACUCUUAUGUUGACAAGUGUUAGUGCAGAUCCCGUGUUUGCAGUGUCGGUGUCUCUGAGCACGCAGGGCGAAGAUGUGGCAAUACCUGUAAGCAAGCAGGUCCCGGAAUCCGACAAUCCAGGCCGCAGAUAA